AUGGUGGGUCCUAACCGGCCGUUGUUCGUCCUCUUCGGCUCUUCCAUCGUCCAGUACAGCUUCAGUAACUCCGGCUGGGGCGCUGGACUCGCCGACUUCUAUUCCCGCAAGGUUCGGACUUUGAAGGCUCUCUGAAUCUUAGUAUUCACGUUAAUCCACUUUUCUUCUAUCUGCAGUUCACUACCGCCUCCUUCCCUCAACUACCUGCUUGUUACAUUGAUGCCCAUUCUGCAGGCGGACUUCCUCUUGCGGGGAUACCAGGGUUGGAACUCCCGGCGUGCAGUUGAGGUGCUUGACGAGGUGUUCCCCCUGGUAAUAUCACAUGAUUUAUGGCAUCUUGUUCACACCAGCAUUUAAAUUCAUUCGAGGAAAUGUGCUUGCUAAACCGUUUAUCUUGUUUCUGAUGAAUGGGAUUCUCUUAAAACGUUUGGUUCGGUCAGACUUUUGAUUGAUCGAACUUCUGACACAAUCUUAGCUUGCCUCUAGUGUUAACGGGACUAACCAUCAAUCAAUAUAUGAAAAUCAAAAGGGAAACUAGUUCAUCCUCGAUUGAGACGUUUAUCUACUAAGGUUUUAUCGUCAUUUGAGAUAUUUUCAAUCUUUUGCUCUCGUGUUUUACCAUCAUUUGAUUCAGGAUGCAUCUGUGCAACCCUCCCUGGUGAUUGUCUACUUUGGUGGCAACGAUGCAAUGGGAGCUCAUCCAUCUGGUCUGGGACCACACGUGCCCCUUCAAGAAUAUGUGGAGAACAUGAGGAAGAUCGCCUAUCAUCUCAAGGUGAACUUCAAAUGAGCCAUCAGUGGGAAGUUUCUGUUUCCUAUUGUCUCUAUAUGCUGUCUGAUUCGGUCACGCUGCUUCCAGAGCUUGUCUAGCACGAUCCGCAUCAUCUUCCUUAGCUGUCCUCCAGUGAACGAAGAGAAAAUCCGGCAGACGAGCAGGUGCAGUGGUACUUCAUUUUCUUGGCACUUUGUGCAUUCGUGGGACCUUUACAUUAACCGAGAUCCUCUGACAGCCCCUUCCUAAGCCCGCUGCUUCGAACUAAUGAGUUUUGCCGACGGUACUCAGAAGCUUGUAUAGAGCUCUGCAAGGAGAUGGAUUUGAAGGUUGUCGACCUAUGGAAUGCGAUACAGAGGAUAAGUGAUUGGGAAAACGUUUGCUUUACGUAAGUUUGCUUCUUUAUUAUCAACGGUAAAAAUCAUCAUGUUUUUGCUCUUUUGUCAAGUCUUUUGGCUUUCAUUUUAGAGCUUCCUCAUACCCGUAUCAUUGGCUUCAUCAGUCAUCACCUUUAUCAUUCUAUUCCUCCUUUUCUUUGGGAUUUCUGCUCUCUGGGCUGUAGUUUAAAUACGCGGAAUGGCUUGGGGCCAGCUGACUAAUGAGAAACUCCACACACAGAGUUCAUUCCGUUAAAUUUCUUCCGUCUACUGGUUUUUAGUGAUUGUUGCUAAAAUGUUAUUGACGGUGAAGAGAGCUAAAAUGUGCGUGUUUCUUGUCAGUAUUAGCGCUGAUUAGCUGUGCCUUGUAUCCUCUUGGACUAUCUCACGCUGCUGCUUUUGUCUAGCUGAUUAGAUGAUGGAGUGAUAUUAUUCAACUGGAUUGUGAUCUACCUGUUUCCGGGAUUGAAUACCAGAGUUUUCAAUACCAGAUGGGGUGGCGAGGAGUCGUCUAAGAUUUCGGAAGGCUGAGAGAGUACAGUUCUAAGUUUCUCCAUUUCUAUGCAUACACUAGCUUCAAGCUCAUCCUCUCAUCCCCCUUACAGUCACUUCUCCUAUUUUACUUUUUUUUAUCAAAUGGGUCCUCAAUUUGGGAACUCUUCUUCCCUGUCCCCUUCAUCUAAGGGAAGGUUUAUGAUCCUGGGUCUGCGAGGCCCAGAGAACAGUGGGCGCAGCUAGCCCCCAAUCUCUUGGAGCUCUGCUUUCCUUCUUGCGAGGAGAUACGGCAUUUCAGGCUAGCUAAGGACGGUGUUCGUCCACGUUGGCCUGGAGUUGCCGCCGACCCUUGGAAACCCUUGCCCAGUUAUUUCCGAUCCCGAAGGUACGUCUCAAAGUAGAGGAAAAAUGGAGGGCGCAGGUCGUGGAUGGCGCCCCCAAUGGCUUUUCUGUCUGCAGAUAUAUACAUAAUUAUUUAUUUAUUCUCUCUCAGUUGACUGCGUCUCUGCAGAGACGUGUUUUUCUUUUUUUGAUUCCUGCGGAGAAACUAAUGCGGAGCCGAAUUUGGCCGUCUGCCACCUGAUGCCGUUGGGUGUUCUGCUUCCAGCGACGGGAUCCACUUUUCUAGCGAGGGAAGCAAGGUGGUGGAGAAGGAGAUACUGAAGAUUCUCAAGGAGGCUGACUGGGAACCGUCCUUGUACUGGAAGUCGCUGCCGACCGAAUUUGCAGAGGACUCGCCCUAUGAUCUGGUGGCGGUCGAUGGGAGAUCUACCGUCAACAUUUCAGAGAUGGUUCUCCACAGGACUCAAUGA